UAAUGCUAUCAGUGCAGAAUAAAUAGUAAACGGGUUGUACUUGUAUAGCGCUUUUCUACCCAUUUUUAAGGAGCCCAAAGCGCUUUGACAGUAUUUCCACAUAUGCCCAUUCACACACUGACGGCGGGAACUGACAUGCAAGGCGCUCACCAGAACCCAUCAGGAGCAAGGGUGAAGUGUCUUGCCCAAGGACACAACGGACGUGACUAGGAUGGUAGAAGGUGGGAUUGAACCAGUAACCUUCAGAUUGCUGGCACAGCCACUCUACCAUCUCCACCACGCCGUCCCCAGGUAAAAGGUAAGAAAAGCUGGUUUUGCAUAAUGGGUCCACUCCAAACGGUUAGUAUCGGCCAAUUGGUGUGCACAAAAAAUAGAUUUAUAUCUGACUUGUAAUUGUUAUUCAUUUCGAUUCUAAAUAAAUUCAAACUUUUAAAAAUUUGACUCCAAAAUAUUUUUUAAACUAUAUUUUUAGGAAUAUAUUUUUUCAAUACAUUUUUUGAGCCAUCUACAUGCAACCAGAAUGAGAUUUUCUAACCUGUUAUUGUUUUAAAAAAAGUUGCAUAAUCAUCACACAAAAUAAUAAGAGAAUUGAUUCUGAUCUGAAUCGUCACCCCAGGAAAUUGUAAGGUGGGCAAAAUUCACACCCUUAUCGGCCAAUACCUAGGGCUCCUAUAUUAAAGGCCUACUGAAACCCACUACUACCCACCACGCUGUCUGAUAGUUUAUAUAUCAAUGAUGAAAUAUUAACAUUGCAACACAUGCCAAUACGGCCUUUUUAGUUUAUUAAAUUGCAAUUUUAAAUUUCCUGGGAGUUUCUUCUUGAAAACGUCGUGUAAUGAUGGCGCGUACGCUUGACGUCACGGGCUGUUAGGAAAUAUGAGCGCUGUGCACACACACACACAGCUAAAAGUCGUCUGCUUUAACCGCAUAAUUACACAGUAUUUUGGAGAUCUGUGUUGCUGAAUCUUUUGCAAUUUGUUCAAUUAAUAUUGGAGAAGUUAAAGUAGAAAGAUGGAGUUGGGAAGUUUUAGCCUUCAGCCACACAAACACACGGUGAUUCCUUGUUUAAAAUUCAUGGAGGUGAAACUUUACUAUGAAUCACAGCGAACAUAGAUCCCGACCAGAUGUCAACCAGCAGGUUUCGGUGAGAAAAUUGUGGUAAAAAGUCGCUUCUUACCGGAGAUCAGCUGAGCUUGUGCCGCCCAUAAAGCUGCCGUCAACACACCCGUGGACACAACCCUCCGACUAUCAGGUACUAUUAAACUCACUAAAACACUAGCAACACAAUAGAAAGAUAAGGGAUUUCCCAGAUUUAUCCUAGGUGUCUAAAAACAUCUGAAUCCGUCCAAAUGCAAUCGCGUUUUUUUUAACUUUUUUUUUUUUCCCCCAUAGUCCGUCGCUAUCAAUAUCCUCAAACACGAAUCUUUCAUCCUCGCUCAAAUUAAUGGGGAAUUUGUCGUUUUCUCGGUCUGAAUAGCUGUUUUUGUUGGAGGCUCCCAUUAAAAACAAUGUGAAGAUUUGAGGAGCCAUCAACAUGUGAUGUCAUCGUCUGCGACUUCCGGUAGAGGCAGGGCUUUUCUGUUAGCAAGCAAAAGUUGCAAACUUUAUCGUGGAUGUUCUCUACUAAAUCCUUUCAGCAGAAAUAUGGCAAUAUCGCGAAAUGAUCAAGUAUGUAUAGAAUGGACCUGCUAUCCCCGUUUAAAAAGUUUUAUCAGAACACCUUCUUGUUACCCAAGUGUACAGAAUAAAAACAAUGUAAAUAACAAUAAAAACAAACACGGCAAUGUCUACCAGUAAGUCUGUGUUGGAAAAACGCCACAACAUCGGAAGGGGAAGACAAAGAAACGCACUCCAUCCUAAUUUCAUAUCAGACACAUUAUGUAUAGUCGCAGGAUGUAUUACUGAAACUAGCCUGAAUUUUACUCGGUAUCGGAUCGUACAGGUGGUAUCGAGGGGCUCAAAAGUUGCAAAACCUUCCUCAUGUCCUUUCUCAGUUGACAAGCUGCAGAGAACGUGCUUUGCUCUUUAAUGCAGCCCUCCGAGCUAAUGAGUGUGUAAACUAGUCGCCUUAUUGGCAACAAAAGGCGUCUUAAGGGGGAGUCCGGCAGGCAAUCAUCACCUUUUCUCAGUAAAAUCCGCCGAGAAUUGUCUGCGUGCAACAGGAGGUCAGGAUUAAAAGAUGGAACAAAUGGUGACGCCAGCCAGCCAGGCCGGGCCGGGCCGGGCCGGGGGCGGGUCUUAGCGACACCCACAAUUAAAGAUGAACUUUGCGUGAACUAAUUUAUCUGCGGGAGGAGAAGGUGACAGCCCGAGUUUUCCCUUCGCCUAUAAAAGGCGCCAAAGGGUCCGCCGGGAGCCUCACUCGCCGGGCUGACACUAAUCCAACAUGGCGCUCAGCACACUGCUGGCCACCUUCCUGUGCACCGUCGUGCUGCCACUUUUACUCUUUCUGGUGGCCCUCAAACUCUGGGAGGUCUAUCUGACUCGCGGCAGAGACCCGAGCUGCCCCAGUCCGCUCCCUCCCGGCUCCAUGGGCUUACCUUUCUUCGGCGAGACGCUGCAGCUCAUCCUGCAGAGGAGGAAGUUUCUGCGCAUGAAGCGCCGGAAGUACGGCUACAUCUACCGGACUCACCUGUUCGGGAACCCCACCGUGCGCGUCACCGGCGGCGAUAACGUCAGGCAGAUUCUCCUGGGAGAACACAAGCUGGUGUCCGUGCAGUGGCCCGCGUCCGUGCGCACCAUCCUGGGCUCCGACACGCUGUCAAACGUCCACGGAGCGCAGCACAAAACCAAGAAAAAGGCCAUCAUGCGAGCCUUCUCCAGAGAAGCGCUGGAGCUUUACAUCCCCGUCAUCCAGGAAGAGGUGAGAGCUGCAGUAAAAGACUGGCUAGUGAGGGAUUCCUGUGUGCUGGUCUACCCGGAGAUGAAGCGUCUGAUGUUCCGCAUUGCCAUGAGGAUCCUGCUGGGCUUCGAGCCCGAACAGAUUCGCACUGAUGAGCAGCAGUUGGUGGAGGCGUUUGAGGAAAUGAUCAAGAAUUUGUUCUCCCUGCCAAUCGACGUUCCCUUCAGUGGCUUGUAUAGGGGACUGAAAGCGCGAAACUUCAUUCACUCAAAGAUCGAGGAGAACAUCAAGAAGAAGAUCCAAGACUCUGAGAAAGAGUCCAAACAUGGGGAUGCACUGCAGCAGCUGAUAGACAGCUGCAGGAAGAACGGAGAACCAUUCAGCAUGCAGGCCAUUAAGGAGUCUGCCACAGAACUGCUGUUUGGUGGCCAUGAGACCACUGCCAGCACAGCCACCUCUCUGAUCAUGUUCCUGGGCCUCAACCCUGAAGUGGUGGACAAACUCCGACAGGAGCUGAUUGACAAGGAAGAAGAAGGCAUGCAACUCCAGAGUCUGAACAUCGAGUCUUUGGAGCAAUUGAAGUACACGGGUUGUGUCAUUAAAGAGACUCUUAGGAUCAACCCUCCUGUUCCUGGAGGCUUCAGGGUGGCGCUCAAGACCUUUGAACUUAAUGGCUAUCAAAUUCCGAAAGGCUGGAACGUCAUCUACAGUAUCUGUGACACGCACGACGUGGCGGAUAUCUUCCCCAACAAAGAAGACUUCCAGCCUGAUCGCUUCAUGACAAAAGCCUCGGCCAGCUCGUCGAGGUUCCAGUACAUUCCUUUCGGCGGUGGGUCACGGAUGUGCGUGGGGAAGGAGUUUGCCAAGGUCCUGCUGAAGAUCUUCCUGGUGGAAGUGGUCACAAAGUGUCACUGUACGUUAUUAAACGGGCCGCCCACGAUGAAAACUGGACCGACUGUUUACCCUGUGGACAAUCUGCCAACCAAGUUCAGCCACUAUGUUCAAAACUAGAAAUCACCUCAAAGCCACAAUUUGGAAGCACUCGGGUGUUCCUAGGAACCCCCUCAACUGUUGUAUAUAAGAAAGUUGCUCCCAUGAUUUUUUUUUAUAUUAUUGGCAAAAAAUUGUACAUAAUGUAUAUAUUUGGAAUGUAUUUUAUAUUGUGAUACAGUGGAUUUGUACAUAUUUUUUUUAAAGAUGAGAUCAAACUAAACACAAGGCACUAUUCAGAUGUUGGAACACUUUAAUCAGUUCAGUGGUGUAUCUUUGGGAUAUUGUACAUAUGUAGAGUGAAUUUAUAUAACUUUUGUAUCUUUACCUUAUUUAAGUGACAUUAUAUUGAUGUUGGAUUUUUAUUUAAUAAUAAAAAACUUUUUGUGGA